AAGAAAUAAAAUGGGGAGCUUGCCUCAAUUGUUAGAGCAACUUGGAAACUCCCCAUUGUUAAUUUUAAUAUCCCUCGCCAGUUUAGCCUUCUCCUUCAAGAUCCUUGUUUUCAAAAGGUCUCCACCUAGCACCAAAAGAACCUUGCCUCCUACUCCACCUAGUUUUCCAAUCAUAGGAAACAUCCACCAAAUCGGCUUGUACCCUCAUCGCUCUCUUCGAUCCUUGGCUCAAACCCAUGGCCCCAUCAUGUUGCUUCAUGUGGGGAGCGUUCCACUCCUUGUUAUUUCAUCAGCUGAAAUGGCCCGCGAGAUCACGAAAACACAUGAUCUAGUAUUCGCAGACAGACCCAGAUCAGCCAUUGCUGAGAAACUUCUCUAUCAAGGCAAAGAUGUAGCUGCAGCUCCUUAUGGGGAGUACUGGAGGCAGAUGAAAGGCAUAAGUGUUCUACAUCUUUUGAGCAACAAAAGGGUACAAUCAUUUGGGCAUGUAAGACAAGAAGAAACGGCUUUGAUGAUUGAGAGGAUUAAAAAGUCGUCGUCUUCUUCUUCGCCAGUUAACUUAAGUGAAAUCUUAGCAACCCUUACCAAUGAUGUAAUCUGUAGAGUGGCUCUAGGGAGAAAGCAGAUUGCAACGAAACAGGGAAGAAAUUUCAAGGAACUAUUUCGGGACUUCAUGGAGUUGUUUGGUAUCAAUAUUGGGGACUAUAUUCCUUGGCUUGCUUGGGUGAAUCAUGUCAAUGGGUUGAAUGCUAAAGUGGAGAGAGUGGCUAAAGAGCUUGAUAACUUCCUAGAUGAAGUAGUGGACGAGCAUAUGAGGAAUGAUGGCUGGCAGAGAGAACACAAGAAGGAUUUUGUGGAUGUUCUACUUUGGAUUCAGAAAGAAAACACAGCUGGUUUCCCGAUUGAUCGAACCAGCAUAAAGGCUCUUAUCUUGGACGUAUUUUCUGCAGGUACAGACUCUACAUACACAGUCCUGGAAUGGGCAAUGACAGAGCUACUUAAGCACCCAGAGAUUAUGAACAAACUCCAAAACGAAGUGAGAGAAGUUGCCAACAAAAAGCCAGAAAUCACAGGGAAUGAUCUGGAUAAAAUGCCUUACUUGAAAGCAGUUAUCAAAGAAACAUUCCGCUUACAUCCUCCGCUGCCAUUACUAGUGCCCCGACUAGCAACCCAAGAUGUCAAGCUCAAAGGCUUCGACAUUGCAGCAGGAACCCAAGUAAUUAUCAAUGCUUGGGCGAUUGGAAGAGACCCUGCCUCUUGGGAUCAAGCUGAGAAGUUUUGGCCAGACAGGUUCUUGAACACCUGUAUAGAUGUCAAAGGACAUGACUUCCAAUUGAUACCAUUUGGUGCUGGCAGGAGGGCUUGUCCAGGCAUCCAGUUUGCGAUAAGCAUUGAGGAGCUUGCUUUGGCAAAUCUUCUGUACAAGUUUGAUUGGACAAUUCCUAAUCAAGCAAGAGAGGGGGAUUUGGACAUGACUGAAUCCAUUGGUCUUACCACACAUAGAAAAUAUCCUCUACUUGCUGUUCCAAGUCCAUAUUCAUAUUGAUGUAGUGAUAUUUAAUUAUCUGUAAUUUACUGCAGAAUUUAUUAUUAAAGAAAGAAGUGGCUUUUCUUUAUCCAA